CCACAGGUGCGCUCGUCUCGGACCCGCUCGGCAAUUUCCGGUGAACCCUUCGACAAUGGCCGCCGUCUUCGCGGAGGCUCCGGAGCAGCGGCGGGUGGAUCGACUCGUCACCGUGUUCGACGGCUCCGCGCCGGAGGACGUGUCGCACGCCCGGCGGCUGUGGAGCUCCGUGUCCCUGCUGCCGCCGCUCGAGGCCCGCCUGGUGGCGGCGGACGUCCGCCAGAGGCUGCCGGUGUCCCGGCCGCAGCGCGCCGCCGCCGCGGAGCCGCUGCGCGUGCCGGCGGCGCGGCAGCAGCGGGAGGAGCGGCAGCGGUACGCGGCCAUGGCCGAGCAGAGGAAGGAGAUCCUGUUUCUGCUGCGGAGGCAGCGGGAGAGGAGGAUCCAGAAGGAGCUGCUGUCCGCGCCCGGCACCCCGAGGCCCCAGCCCCGCGGAGGAGCCGGAGGAGCCGGAGGAGCCGGAGGAGCGAGGCGGACCGGGCGCGGCGGCGAGGCGGAGGACCGGGAGCUGGUCCAACAGCUGCCGUAGAUCACCGUCAAACUGUGGAAUACUGUUUCAUUUCAAACAUAGAAUCUGCUUUAUGGACCAACGAGUCUCUGCAGAAGUCUCAGCUUGAUCCAGAAUGAAAAGUUCUGACUGUAUUUUAACUGUAAUGUCCCAGAAACAUGCAAACGUCACUUAAUGUUCCCAAGCAGAGAUCAAUUAUCACGUCCCCCUGUCAAAAAACAUAAGAACCCCAAAUUAUGGACAUGAUCUUACAUAAAGCGUUUUCCCAAUAGAAGUCUGUCGUAAGGAAAUAGGCUUAACGUGACUUAAAGGUACACUGUGUAAUAUUUAGAAAAUCUUAUUCACAUAAAUUGCAUAUACUGUCCAUAACUCUGUGUUCACAUGAGUCAAAUAUAGUUCCAUGUGGUGGACCCGA